GCCAAAUCAAAUCCACACAUUGCUCCCAAAAUGACCGACGGAUCUCCUGCCAAAAAAAGAAGCAUUUCGCAACAAGACGCCGCCGCCAAAAAAGCCAAGACCGACUUGCCGCUGGACGCCGAAAUCGCUGUCAAUGCCCUGGCGUCCGACAGCACUAGCACUGGGCACAGGGCCUCGUCUUUGGCCGAUGAUGGGGCGCCACAAAAAACCACCAGCACGGCGGAAAAAGAACAAAACAACCCGGCGCCCCUUUCUGCAGACGCCGACAAACCCGUUUUCGGCACCACCGCGCUGCCCGGCUCGGCAAAGCCGGUGUUUGGCGCCGCCAGUACUUUUGGCAAUGCCUCGAUUUUCGACCGGAUGAAAAACAACACCAAUGUGUUUGAUGCCGCUGCCAAGCCCUCGGAAGCGGCCCAGGAGCAGGCUGCCCCUGCCACGCUGUCUUUUGGCAGUUUCGGCGGCUCUUUCGGCGCCGGGUCCAAGUUCUCCAAUGCGCUCCAGAAGGCGUCGCAAAAGAAGUCUUUCCUUGACGAGCCGAAGGAAACCGACACCGACAAAGAAGUCUCUCUGGGCCCUUCCUCACAGCAAUACAAGCAGGUGGACUUGAGCGAGAAGAAAGUCGAAACGGGCGAGGAAAACGAGAAGUCCGUGUACUCGGCCACGGCCAAGUUGUUUGAGUUGGAUCUCUCCAACAUCAGCGAGGGCUGGAAAGAAAGGGGCCGCGGCCCCGUCCACGUGAACCAGGCCAUCCAGGACCCGGCCCAGGCGCGCUUGGUCAUGCGCUCCAAUGGGUUGUUGCGUGUGAUUUUGAACUACAAAAUCUCGCAGACCACCACGCUCCUCAAAGGCUUGGAGGCCAGUCUUUCGCCGGGCAAGUUCUUGCGCAUGACCGCGGUGUCUGCGGAGGGCAAGCCGGUGCAGUACAUGCUCAAGUUUCUGAGCGAGGAGAUCCGAGAUGCGCUCGUGGACAAGGUUUCUGAGCUCAAAGAGCAAAUCAAGCUGGCGGCCAGUCCCAAGCCGGAGACGGCCGCACAGCCGCCGGCCACGGGGUUCCGCUUCAUUUCUGACUCUAGCGAAAACGAGGCCGGGGGCGAGAAUACCACGUUGCAGAGGCUCAGUACCAAUGUGGAUCCUGGGAACGAGUAGAGCGGAGACCAGUUGCGAGAGGCGAUUCGCAAUGGGUGCGGGAGGCUCUACUGGAGAUGCUACGGGAGGAGGUAUGCAGAUGUGAAUGCGAUUGAUUGUCGUGGAAAGAAUGAGAAAGCCAAAACAAGGCGCUAGGAUUGAGUCAAGUGCGAGGACCGGAAGGAGUCGCUGGCAUUGAUUGAUAGUCUGGACAAAAUUAUGAGGAACGGUCCUGGGAUUGAAGCUGGUGAUGGUAUGGAAAAAAUCAUGAGGGCGGUCCUGGAAUUGAACCAGGUGAUAGUCGGGACAAGAAAGUGUGAAACGGUUCUGAAAUUAAACCAGGUGAUAGUCUGGACAAGAUCAAUAUGAAUGGUCCUAUUGAACCAGUCUGGACAAGAUCAAGAGGAACGGUCCUGGAAUCGAGUCAAGUGAUAGU